GAACUUCUUGUCCGACGCUUAUUAAGCGUCCGUGUGGAAACAUGUCCUGAUCAUGCGGGGACUUUUAACGCGUUACGUUAAAGUAUCGACCACCGCACUGAAGCAGACAAAUAGACGCCGGUGCCUCUCGAACAGCUGUCGGCCCGACGAGCACCUCCGGAGCUUCAUAGCGGAGAACACAGAGGCAGCCGGAGGGGAGAGCCUGACUCCCGAGAUCAGACUGAGGCUCUUCACCCCGAAGUGCAGGUUCUGGCGAGAGAGACCGGAGCUGUGGCCUUUCGACGACCCGUACUGGGCCAUAUACUGGCCAGGGGGACAGGCCCUCACGAGGUUUCUCCUCGACAACCCUGGAGUGUGUCUGGGUAAGAGAGUACUGGAUGUGGGGAGCGGCUGUGGAGCCUCAGCCAUCGCUGCAAAGCUGUGCGGCGCCGCCCACGUUGUCGCUAACGACAUUGACACUGUUGCAGCCGUGGCAACCCACAUGAACUGCGAGCUGAACGGCCUGGAGCCUCCCAUUUGCGUGAUGGACAACAUGAUCGGUUCCGAGUCCGGAGGCUUUGACCUGAUCCUCCUCGGUGACAUGUUCUACGACGAGGCCCUUGCCACCAGCCUGCACAGCUGGCUCAACCGUUGCAUCGAAACCCACGGCGCCGACGUCCUCAUCGGAGAUCCCGGGAGGGCCCAGUUCGAGGGUCACGACAUCCGACGGCUCCUACGUCAGCUGGCUGAGUAUGAGCUGCCGGAGUCUGUCAGAGAGGAAAACUACGGUCUGACCUGCAGCAGUGUUUGGCGCUACCAUCCUGAACUCUGAAGACUGGAGAGGAUCUCCAUGUGGUUCCGUAAAUUAAGGUUAUUAAACAAAUGGACAUGUGCGAUUACAACAUCCUUGGUGGAGGCAUCAAACUUUAAAACGCACAGUUCUUCUUGUUUUAUUAGCUUUUAAUUUGGCUUGUGGAAUAAAAUAAUAGAUUGUGCAAGAAAAAAAACAUACAUACACAAACAAAACUUAAAAGCAGUGAGGCGCACAAUGGCAUGGUUGUCCAUGUCUCUGGCAUACAAAUGGUGUGUUGUGCUAAACAAAGAUGUUCCCUGUUCCUACUUCCUGUCCCAAAUGUUUUUUGAUCUGGGUGCCCUACACAGAACAUACACAGAUGAGCCUCUGAUUUACCAAUGUUGUAAGCUGAACGUGUUUGUACAGACGAUAGAUGGGAAAAUAAAAGACCUGAGAAAGUCA